UACGUACUGUAAGCUGUGUGGGUGUAUGUGCUCAUUUCGUUCGAUUAUCAAUUGCUGUCAGUUUCGUCCAAAAAUAUUUGCUAUAAAUACGGUGCAAUGAAUGGUAAUUGACAUCAGUUAACUCGCAGCAGUCGACAAUUACCAAACAAACUAUUCCAAAAUGAAAUUCCUCAUCUGCUUGGCUCUCCUUUUCGCCGUCGCUCAGGCUAAUCCUGGUAUUGUCGCUCCUUUGACUUACUCCGCCGCUGCUCUGCCGUCCGUCGCAACCUACGCUGCCGCUCCUUAUGCCGCUUACUCUGCAUAUGCUGCCCCCGCUGUGGCCACCUACUCUCAUGCUGCUUACUCCGCUCCAGUUGUUUCGACUUACUCUCAUCUUGCCGCUCCAGCUGUCUUCAGCGCACCAGUUGCCCGCUACGCUGCUGUAGGUCCAGUUGCAUCAGUUGCUCCAGUUACCUACACCGCACCACUUGUCUCCACUUUGUUGAAGAAGAAGUAAAAAGCUUAAUUUUUUGUUAAGAUAAAAAAUAUGGAAAAAUUGUACUGAAUA